CCAAACUGCUGACAACAUGAAAACUUCCUGCCAUGAGAACAGAAACACACAGGCUGUCUCUGCAGCUCUCAGAGCUGGAGCCACAAGGGCACCAUGACCUGGCUCCAGCCCCUGGUCCUGCUGUCAGCACUGCUGACCCUCUGCAUCUCUGCAGGAAGCCCAGAGGUGUGGUUGCAAGUCCAGAUAGAGGCCACUGAGCUCCCAUCCCUUUCAGUUCGCUGUGGGUUCCUGGGGUCUGGCUUCAUCUCCCUGGUAACAGUGAGCUGGGCAGGGCUGCUUGGUGCUGGAGGGACCAAACUAGCUGUAUUGCACCCAGAACUUGGCACCCAGCAGUGGGCCCCUGCCUGCCAAGCCCACUGGGAAACCCAAAACAGUGUCUCCCUCGCCCUCACCCUGGAACAGUCCCAGGCAAGAAGCUCCCUGGCCAACACCACCUUCUGCUGUGAGUUUGUUAUCUUCCCUCAUGGCUCCAGGGAUGCGUGUGGAGACCUGCAUAGCUCAGACCAAGGGCUCCCUGCCCCGACUCCAGCUCUCAUUCUCCAAACAGACCUUGCCAGGAUCUUGGGAGCCUCAGGUGUCCUCCUGUUUGGUUUCAUCUUUAUCCUAUGCUUCCUGUGCCGGCAGAGACUUUGCUCUCUCAGUAAGUUUCGGCCAUCCCUUGCCAGCACCCAGACACAGAAGCAAGCUCAGGCUGCCAGCCAAGCAUCCCUGACCACCCUCCACCUCCCCCACGCCACUACAACCACCCUCCGCUUAGCAGCUCUGCAUACAGAUACAGUCCACCCUGACCAUCACCUGCCCCAGUGGACAGCACUCCCCACAUCCUCCCCACACCAGCCCCUGAUGCCUGUCCCUCCAGCCUCCCCACCGGCCUCUACACAUGACAGCUUCAUCUCCACUGAGAACGGACUGUAUGCUUGGGCAGAAGAGAAGCUACCCCACACUGCUCCUGCUCCCAACAUCUCCUCUGUCACUGACCCUCUGGAGCACAGUGCCCUGGAAAGAUGCUUAGCAGCUCAAUGACAGACACUCUAGGUUCACCUCCAGGCCUUUGGGAUCCCCUUCUAUGGUGUCUUCAUCCUAGGCACCAGCUAGCUUCACAUUUUUAAGCCUCCAAUAGGGGUCUUCGUACCCUGUGGGCUGCAGAUGUGGUCAAUGUAUGUGCAGGAGUGAGUGGAGGGGUGUGUCGAAAGCCUACUCGCAAUUGCAUACUCCCAGGUGAUAUCUCUAACAAUAUCAAUAAACUGAUCCCUCUGUU